CUACAGGGGAAACUCCAUGAAUGGUAGAGCCAUGCUAUGGCUGGUCUCUGUCUCUCUCAGAAACUUAAAGGAAAACAAAACUCCAAGAGCAAUAGAACUUCCAGUGACGCUCCAGGAGGGCAAUAAGUAGAGGAAAGCUCAAAGUCUAGGGUGAUUUAAAGUGAGGAGUGACCAGAUAAACUUCCUAUAGAAACAACCUUGCAUAGAAAAGGUCAGCAGAGGUGGAACCUGUAGAGACGUUUGUGGAGUGAAAAUUCACUGGACGGCAGGUGUUCCGUGAGUCUCACUGAGUCCUGGAGGAAGUGCCCCUCCCCCCCAAUUUCACAGGGGAGGAGACGCUGUGGACCUUAGAGGAGUGGUAAAGGUAAUAGGCUAUGGAACCCUGGAAGCCUCCCCUCACCCCCCUUCCAUGCUGCCUUUAACAUAGACACGCGAAACAACACCGCAAAGCAAAGCCAGGUGCUUCACAGGCUGCGCUGGCCCAGCCACAGAGCAGGGCUGAGUCUGGAGCUCGGCUGCCCGCACAGCCAAUUCACCUUUCGAACCUGGGUUCAGGCACCACCCCAAAGCCCUGACGACGGCCUCUGAUUCCCUAGACUUGGCUUGGGGGAUCCUGACCCUGGGGGUGGGGGGCGAGGGGGCACCAUCCCUGCAGGGGAAGGAGGCGCGGAUACAGGCAGUGGGCACGUGGGCGCAGGGACCCCAACCCCCGCGGGAGGUAAAACAAACUUUAGCGGCAGAACGACUUUGGGGGUGGGGGAUGGGGAGGAGCUUGGGGACACCUCCCCCCCCCCCAGUAGGAUUCCCCCCGCAGGGCAGGGCAGGGUCUCCUCCCCCUCCCAUGCAUGACCCUCCUCCCCUCGCCAGGGCAAGACUGCUCCGGAAUGCGAGGGCGCGUCCCCAGGUCCCCAAGCUCCGGGCCCCCGGGUCCCCCAGGGAUGCGAUCAGCCGGGAGGCAGAGACCCGCGCUGCAGCGGUGGCCGCAGAUUUAACCCUUCGGGGCGCCCCGCCUUCGGCAGCGCCCCUCCUGCCCGGCGCGGGCUCGGGCACUGGGCAUGCUCGGCCCCGCCCGCGCCCGCUCCCCGGGAACCUGCGCUCCUGCCCGGCGCCCAGAUCCCGCCGCGGCCGGCGUAGCGCAGCGACCGGGCAUGGAGCCCCCGCGGCCCCGCAACUCCGCCCGCUGAGCCGCCGCGGGCCUAGCCCUGGAAGCAGCCACCUGUCCAAGGAACCCAUGUGCCUUUUACUGAAAGAAGCAUUAGAGGAGCUGGGCAGCAGCAACGGGGUGAGCCAGGACAGGACCCAGCACUGCUCCACCACUCAUGAGCCUUCCCCUUUGCAUGCUGUUCCCAUGUGACAGCUAGGGGUGUUAGCCCGUCCUGGUAAAUGGCAAGGUGUGUGCUCUACCAGCUCACAUUUACUUUGACCAAAGCAAAUUUGGAAACAAUUCCUUGAGGACAGUUUGGGUAACAUCUGGAUAAUCUCCACCGGCACAAUGAAGCACUUCCUGAGAAUGCUGAUCCAAGUGUGCCUGUAUUUUUACUGUAAAUUUUUGUGGCGCUGCCUGAAGUUUGUAAUGAGGAAGCUGACAGGAAGAUGUGAACUUCAACGAAUCUGCUACAACACCAAGCCUGGAGCUUCUAGAACCAUGAAAAUUGAAACAUCACUGAGGGCUUCAAAAAGUAAGCUGUUGCAGACUUCAGUGAGUGUUCACCCUGAUGCCAUUGAAAAAACCAUAGAAGACAUCAUGGAACUGAAAAACAUUAACCCCGACAUAAACCCACAGUUAGGAAUCUCUCUUCAGGCUUGCCUUUUGCAAAUUGUGGGGUACAGAAACCUUAUUGCAGAUGUGGAAAAACUACGCAGAGAACCCUAUGAUUCUGAGAAUCCACAACAUGAAGAAAUGCUUUUGAAGUUAUGGACAUUCUUGAAGCCCAACACGCCACUUGAAUCCAGAAUUUCUAAGCAAUGGUGUGAAAUUGGUUUCCAAGGUGAUGAUCCUAAAACAGAUUUUCGAGGAAUGGGACUUCUGGGACUAUAUAAUUUGCAGUAUUUUGCAGAGAGAGAUGCCACAGCAGCGCAGCAGGUCCUCUCUGACUCUCUCCACCCAAAGUGCAGCAAAUUCAGCAAGACAGAAUGGGAAAAGAAAAGGAUGGAUAAAGCAAUUGGGUACUCGUUUGCAAUUGUGGGUAUCAAUAUCACUGAUCUGGCAUAUAAUCUCCUGGUCAGUGGAGCUCUAAAAACUCAUUUCUACAACAUCGCACCAGAAGCUCCAACGCUAUGUCAUUUCCAGCAAACAUUCUGCUAUUUGAUGCAUGAGUUUCAUAAGUUUUGGAUUGAAGAGGACCCCAUGGACAUAAUGGAAUUUAAUCGUGUGCGGGAGAAAUUCCGCAAGAGGAUCAUUAAACAGCUGCAGAACCCAGACAUGGCACUGUGCCCACACUUUGCGGCCUCGGAAGGUUUGAUCAACAUGUAGCCGCCCAUGCUGGUUUUAAUGGGUGCCCUGGAACACUGCCUCAUUGUGUUAGGUCUCUGCUUAGGUCCCAGCUCUCGCACUGAAUGCACAGUGAUUGUAUGCAUGCUUUUUGGUACAGUAUUUUCAUCUUUUGGUCACAGUUACCAGAUCACAUAUUUCUGGAGUACCUGUCAACCCAGUAACUAACUGCUCAGGUCGCAGAAUUAUGCAGUGUUACAUCUGCCCUUGACACGCAGGUAUAGAGAGAAUUAUCUAUUUUUUUAAGCUUUCCCCCCCCCCUCAUCAUGCAUCAUUAAAGAACUGUAUUUCUCGAGUUGUAUUUUGUAUGUAAGAGAUUUAGCUGAAUCUUGUUCUGUGAAAGCCAUUUAAUUUACUGACAGAUUCCAUGACUCCUGCUGCUAGUUUUUCAGGCCAGGUUUAUGCUUGGACCUCAUUCAAAAAAAGUAUAAGAUUUUAAAAUGAUACAGACAGACACAUGAUAAGCCAAACCACUCCUGCAAACAUAGCUGCACUUCACAGAAAUGUAAUGAGACUUACAAGAUGCAAACUUAGGUAGGCACUGUUUUGUUUUUGUUCUGCAGACUUCAUAAUGUAACUAAACUCCACAGUUGCAAUUGUGUGAUAAUCAUUUCUAUAUAUCAGAAUUAUUUUGUUUCCAUGAUUUCACUGGCUUGGAUGCUCAAAUAUGUUGAUGAUGCUUGCACUCUCAGAAAAGAAGUAUGCCGGGAGUCGGGCAGUAGUGCAGUGGGUUAAGCGCACAUGGCACAAAGCGCAAGGACCGGUAUAAAGAUCCCGGUUCGAGCCCCCGGCUCCCCACCUGCAGGAGUUGCUUCACAGGCAGUGAAGCAGGUCUGCAGGUGUCUGUCCUUCUCUCUCCCUCUCUGUCUCCCCAUCUUUCUCCAAUUCUCUCUGUCCUAUCCAACAGCAACAACAAUAUCCGCAGCAAUGAUUAAAAAAAAAAAAACAAACACAAAAAACAAGGACAACAGAAGGGGAAAAAAUGGUCUCCAGGAGCAGUGGAUUGUGGUGCAGGCACCGAGCCCUGGCAAUAACCCUGGAGGUAAAAAGAAAAGAAAAGAAAAGGAAAGAAAAGAAGUAUGCCUACUUCAAAGGCUGCAAAGGGUUUUCCACUGCCUGCCUCUGGCUAAAUUCAGCCCCCUUACCCCCCCUACACUGUCCUGAUCCAAGCACCUUGUUUGGGGAACUGAGUGCUGACAGGCCUGCUUGCUAUAUCAAGAGGCAAUAUUUAAAAAACAAUUUUCAGGAAAAUGUCUUGCAAGAGAGGAACCUGAGCUAUGACACUGCAGCACUGCUGGAAAACACCGACCUUGUGUCAGUGCUUAAAGAAGUGAACUGCUUGAAGGGGAAAAGAGAGUCAGAUCAUUCCAGAAUUGCUUGAAACCAUUAUUUAGUCUGGAAUUAUGACUGUAGUCUGUUGAAUAGUAUUUGCCAUGGCAUUUCAUACCCAUGGUAUUUUAUACCUUCUACCGGUUUUAGAAUUACUAGAUGUUUGUGUAAUCACUUGCUUAUUUAACUGGAUUUUGAGUACCACCUAACUGUCAGUUAAAUGAAUAAAUUACAUGUCAAUCUA